CGCGGUCCAGGCCCGACCCGCCAUGCGGCUCCCGCCUCCGGCCCGGGCUGGGCCCCGGCGGGGCGGCCCCGCGUUGCUGCUGCUGCUGCUGCUGCUGCUGCUGGGCGGCUGCCCGCUGGGCUCCGGGGGCGCGGCCGGCUUCCGCAGGCCCAACGUGGUGCUGCUGCUCACCGACGACCAGGACGCGGUGCUCGGCGGCAUGACCCCGCUAAAGAAAACAAAGGCUCUCAUUGGGGAGAUGGGAAUGACUUUCUCCAGUGCUUAUGUGCCAAGUGCUCUCUGCUGUCCCAGCCGAGCCAGUAUCCUGACAGGGAAGUACCCGCAUAAUCAUCACGUUGUCAACAACACGCUAGAGGGAAACUGCAGUAGCGCAUCCUGGCAGAAGAUCCAAGAGCCACACACUUUCCCAGCAAUACUCAGAUCCAUGUGUGGCUACCAAACCUUUUUUGCAGGGAAAUAUUUAAAUGAGUACGGAGCCCCAGACGCAGGUGGACUAGAACAUGUUCCUCUGGGCUGGAGCUACUGGUACGCCUUGGAAAAGAAUUCUAAAUACUAUAAUUACACCCUCUCUAUCAACGGGAAGGCGCGGAGGCAUGGCGAGAACUACAGUGUGGACUACCUGACGGACGUCCUGGCUAACGUCUCCCUGGACUUCCUGGACUACAAGGCCAACUCCGAGCCCUUCUUCAUGAUGAUCUCCACUCCUGCACCCCACUCCCCCUGGACUGCCGCCCCCCAGUACCAGAAGGCUUUCCAGAACGUCUCUGCACCACGAAGCAAGAACUUCAACAUCCAUGGAACGAACAAGCACUGGUUAAUUAGGCAAGCCAAGACCCCAAUGACGAAUUCCUCAAUCCAGUUUUUAGAUAAUGCGUUUAGGAAAAGGUGGCAGACUCUUCUCUCGGUUGAUGACCUCGUGGAGAAACUGAUCAAGAGACUGGAGUUCAACGGGGAGCUCAACAACACUUACAUCUUCUACACCUCAGACAACGGCUUUCACACAGGACAGUUUUCUUUGCCAAUAGACAAAAGACAGCUGUAUGAAUUUGACAUCAAAGUUCCACUGUUGGUUCGAGGGCCGGGAAUUAAACCCAAUCAGACAAGCAAGAUGCUUGUUGCCAACAUUGACUUGGGCCCUACCAUUCUGGACAUCGCUGGCUUUAAUCCGAAUAAGACACAGAUGGAUGGCAUGUCUCUAUUGCCCGUUUUGAGAGGUGCCAGUAAUCUGACUUGGCGAUCAGACGUCCUGGUGGAGUAUCAAGGAGAAGGCCGUGAUGUCACUGACCCGACAUGCCCCUCCCUGAGUCCGGGAGUGUCUCAAUGCUUCCCCGACUGCGUGUGUGAGGACGCUUACAACAACACCUACGCAUGCGUGAGGACACUGUCGGCCCGCUGGGACCUUCAGUACUGUGAGUUCGACGACCAGGAGGUGUUUGUGGAAGUCUAUAACCUGACCGCAGACCCACACCAGAUCACCAACAUUGCCAAAAGCAUAGACCCGGAGCUGCUAGGGAAGAUGAACUACCGGCUCAUGAUGCUGCAGUCCUGCUCGGGACCCACCUGCCGCACUCCAGGGGUCUUCGACCCUGGAUACAGGUUCAACCCUCGCCUCAUGUUCAGCAGCAAUCAGGGCAGUAUCAGGACUCGGAGGUUUUCAAAGCAUCUUCUGUAGCGGUCGGAUCCCUGCCGCCUCUGCUGAUGAAGUGAUGAUAGUCCUGUCUGUAUCUAAUCUGCAAGCCCGCGGCCAGAGGAGCGUCCCGACUGGCUGUGUGUGAGUCCCGUGGGAGCGCGCAGCCCCAUCAGCGACUUCCUGUGCAAUGUGUUAAACUGUGAACUCCGCCCUGGGGCAGGAGCAGAUGCCGGGGUCCCCUCUCGGCUGCUCCUGCUGCCCCGAGCUCUUUGUUUCCCCCUUUCUGUCCCGUGACCACAGUCCCCGAUGCUCCGCGUGUGGUGUGAGCUUGUAAAGCAGUCAGAUAAAUGGCAAUACUGAGUGGCAGGAGGAGUGUUUUGGUUGUACAGCCUGACCUGACCUCACGGAGCCUCAUAGCGUUUCCGACUGAGCUGUUCCCUCUUCCCAAGUACUAACCUCACACAUGGCUUAAAGAAGAACCAACCAUUCGAGCAGCGGAAUCGUGGCUUCCUGGAACCAUGGUCCAGAGGCGGUACAGUUCAUAGAAAUACAUUGUUUAUAUAACCUCUCUGGCAGUGUGAGGUUCCAAACGGAUUCAAAACAUGUCACCAAGCUGGUAAUUUUUGGUUUCAUUUUCUGAAUACGGGACUGGUGCAGUGCUGACACCAACGUGUCAUGGAGCAGGAAGGAACAUCUCUUCUCGCCUUUGAGAUCUAAAGUUAGUUACCCAGUAUGGCAGCAGAGGUUUUUUUUUUAAAAAAUAUAUAUAUAAAUAAAUAAAAGCUCCCAAUGGUAAGGUGAAGGUUGUUUUUCUGAAGGCCUCUGCCCACCAGCUCUCUGGAUGAAGUUGACAGGAUGAAGGGCUGCACUUGGGAGGAACUUCCUGUCCAACAGGAAGCUGGGUGUGGGUCCCAUAUGUGAAGAUGUUUUGAUUCUGUGUGGCUGAUACUCUUUGUUGUAAGAUGUAAAAAUUUCCGAGAAUUGAUGCAGAGUACCAACCAGGAGAGAAAACCCUCCCUCAUCCUCCCCUUUCAGAGGACUUCUGUAGAGCCCCUGUAGAAUAUGGGUCCCAGUCACUGUUCUGUCAAAACCAGAUCUUGCUGAGGUUUCUUCCCUGCUUUAAAAAAACAAACAAGGGGUGCAAGCCCACUUGGAUUUUAUUCCCAGCAUCCAUUAAGCUCCCCCAAGCACCACCAGGAGUGAUACCUAUGUGCAGAGCUGGGAGUAACCCCUGAGCACUGCUGGGUGUGGUUCCAAAACAAAACUAGACACAUUAGUACAGGGGUAGGGCGCUUGCCUUGCAUGCAGCUGACCUGGGUUCAAUCCCUGGCACCCCACUGGUCUCCUGAAGUACCCCUGGGUGUAGUUUAAAAACACUUUUUUUGUUUGUUUCGUUCAGUUGUAUUCCUUGGCAAAGAUUUUUUUUUUUCCCUUUUCCACUAUUUUCUUCACAUCAGGCUCACUGAUAGUGGGACCCGCAGGGAGGAGGAAGUGUUGUGGUACCACCUGUUACCUCAGCAGUGAUUGUAGCUUUAGUGAAGGUCUUUGGUUGAGCCUUAAGUACUUUGUAGACAUGGCCGUCAGUGACUUUGCUCUGGCAUCGCAGAGCCAUGUUGGUUAGUAGCCAUCGGGGAUAUUCCUUUACCUCAUGCACGCUCAGUAACUGAAGCGGGGCCCAGAGGCAUGGGAAGGGCAACCGAGACAAACACCUGUGUCUGAAUGUCUUAGGGAACUCAGUCCCAGGACUUCCAGAACUAAAAGCCGACUACAGCGUUGAAUAUGAUGUGCGCUUCGUCUGACACUUUUAACUCUUAACAUUCAUCAGUCAACAUUCAGCUUCCACAUUCAUAAAAGUUUACCAGUUAUGCCCAAAUAAAAAGAAGCCAACUUUCACCAGGUCUUGUCCUGUUGCUCAGUUCCAUGAUGCUGGUUCCCAAAAGCAGAUAAAGCCAUAAGGGGGACCCAGCUCCCUGCCGACAGCCCCCUGCCGUGCACCCCUCCUACCUACCUUCUGCACAACCUCCAAGUUUUCACCUGAACUGACUUUGUUCUGGAUCUGUGCUUGGAUCACAAUCGGACAGGGGCCCUCAGUUAAUGGACUCAGCAUGUCUGACUAUAGAUAAGGGACCACGACAAGAGCCCUGUUUGAAAAGUGCUAGUUUGAAUUGCGAUGAUUUUCCCUUCGUAAAAGGCCGGGUUCUUAUCUGUCAAUGUCCUUUUCUAUACAUAGAAAACUGUAUAAUCAUUAGGCGUGAACAGAGGCCAUAGGAAUGAAUAAAUUUUUGCCUUGUCAAGAGUUCUUAUAGUUUUCCCUCAACUAAACUUAUAAAGUAGGAAACAACAUUUGACCAUCUUUGAAUGUGACCAGUGGUGCUGAUGCAAGUAUGUUUUAAUUGAAAAUACUAGGGUUUUUUUGUUUCAGGAUUCGAGGGGCUACACCCAGCGGUAGUCAGGUUUACUCCUAGCUCUGUGCUCCGGGGUCACUCCUGGCAAGACUUGGGGACCAUCUGGGGUUCCAGGGAUCAAAUCCAGGUCAGCCGUAUGCAGAGCAAGCAUCCUACCCGCUGGACUGUUAUUCUAGCCCCAGUGAAUACUAGAAUUUUUUUGUACAAAAGACUAAUGAAUGAUAGCCAUGGAAGUUAUACCUAAAUGAGAAAUGUUACUAAUUUUUAAGUCUCUAAAGGAUAAGUGCUUUUUUUUUUAAAAAAAGAAAGACAAAUUGUCCUGGAUCCUUCAUUAGAGAAAGCAAAGGGUAUUUCAGCUGCUCCGUCAGUGGGAUUAGAGUGGGGAACUGGGUUCUUCCGUUUCCCGCCACUGAGGGGCCCGCUGAGUGUAUGAUUCCUGUCUGCACCGUCUGUUCCUAAGAGGUUUUUUCUUUCUGCUCUGGCUCUUUGUCACCAGUCAUUUGACUCAGAAAGUGCCCUUCAAAGGACCCUGUUCACUGCUGCACUUUUCAAUGAAUUAAAAAAAAAGGAUUUCUGUUCUAGUGGAAAUGUGUCUUUCAUUUCAGUC